UUGCCAGCACUACUCAACGGCUUAUAGCUCCAGUUGCACCUAUAUAUAGGCUUCAAACUUGAACUAGUUUCAUCACAACCUCAUCUCUCUCACAAGCAACUGAUCUCCUCCUUUCUAGAGCUCUUAAAGUGACAACAAUGUCUACUACUACCUCUUCUUCACUCCAAGUUUCAUUGCUGCUUUCAUUGUUCAUUCUUACUUCUCUAGCGGCUGUCUCAGUUGGCAACUUCCAUCAAGACUUUGACAUCACUUGGGGAGAUAACCGUGCAAAGAUACUUGAUGGAGGCAAUCUUCUUACUCUUUCCCUUGAUAAAACUUCCGGCUCCGGUUUCCAGUCCAAGAAUGAGUACCUAUUUGGGAGGAUUGACAUGCAAAUCAAGCUUGUAGCUGGAAAUUCUGCAGGCACUGUCACUGCUUAUUACUUAUCUUCUCAAGGACCUACACACGAUGAGAUUGACUACGAGUUCUUGGGAAACGUGUCUGGGGAUCCAUACAUACUCCAUACCAAUGUGUUCUCACAGGGAAAAGGCAAUAGGGAGCAACAAUUCUAUCUCUGGUUUGAUCCCACAAUGGCAUUCCACACAUACUCCAUCGUCUGGAACACUCAACGCAUCAUGUUCUUGGUGGAUAACAUUCCUAUAAGAGUGUUUAACAACCUGGAAUCAAUUGGUAUUCCAUUUCCCAAAAGCCAACCCAUGAGGACUUACUCAAGCCUCUGGAAUGCUGAUGACUGGGCAACAAGAGGUGGGCUUGUAAAGACUGACUGGACAAAAGCUCCAUUUACAGCUUCUUACAGAAACUUCAAAGCCAAUGCUUGUGUUUGGUCCUCGGAAUCAUCCUGUGUCUCCUUGUCUACCAAUUCCUUGCAGACCAGUGAAUGGCAGAAUCAAGCUCUUGAUGCAAAUGGAAGGAACAGAAUCAGAUGGGUGCAACAGAAGUACAUGGUUUACAACUAUUGCAAUGACUUUAAACGUUUCCCUCAAGGUCUCCCAGCUGAAUGCAAGCGAUCAAGGUUCCUCUAGAGAUGCUAAAUUGGCCUAUAUAUUCAAUUGUUGAUUCCUCUGUAUCAAUAUGAAUUCUUUAUUCUUUGUGCAAAAAUAUGUUGUAAGCAAAAUAAAUCAGUUUUUUUUUUUUUUUUUUUAUGAAAGGAAAAUAAAUCAGUUGUGACUAAUUCUAUAGCAAAGCUUCGAUUUGAUUCUAAAGAUGUCAAAAGGGAGAUGAAGAAGGAGAUAGAAAAGCACAUGGCACAACAUGUAGUGCCCUGAGAAGUUCUUAUUGCAUCAUCAAAAGUGACAUUUGAUUAUUGAACUUAAGCUCAAAUCUUGAAGUAA